GCCCUCAGUCCGCUGUCCAGUCCGCAGCUGAUCCGGUGAUAGUGGAGGAGCGUCGGGGCGCGUCACAGAGCGGCCGGGAUUCUGCCUCCGCGCCGCGGACCGACACCAGGCUUUGCCCCCGUUACGAGAAUAUCGACGGUGCUUUUCUAUAAAGGCGCGAGAAAAUCUGGACGGACCGGACCAGACGAACCUUUCUGCAACAGGUCAAACAGGAGGAGCCUUCCGAACCGACGGUACCAGUUCCACAGCAUGAUGCCGAUGUUCCUUACCGUACACCUUGGCAGCAACGACCAGCGCAUCACGGAGGUUCCCGUCAUGCCAGAGAUGCUGUGCAGAGACGUUGUGGAGCUCUGUAAGGAGCCUGGUGAGGCCGACUGCUACCUGGCUGAGACCUGGAGAGGUUCAGAGCGUGUGGUUGAAGAAGACGAGCCGAUGUUGGAGGUGCUGCAGCGAUGGGGCCAGCAGAAAGAGGAGGUGCGCUACAUCCUGCGAUACCAAAGAGCCUCUGGACACGAAACAGCUGGAUGCAGAGCUGCAGACCAAACUACUUUGGAAAGACUCAGAGAGAAUGGGUUCUCAGUUAUUCCUCUGGAUAUGUCGCUGAGCGAGCUGCAGGAUCUGGCAACAAGACAGCAGCAGCAGAUUGAUGCCCAGCAGCAGCUUUUGGCCUUCAAGGAGCAGCAGCUGUGUUACCUGAAGCUGCAGGAUCAGAGGCAGGAGCAGCAUCAGGAGGCAUCUGGGCAAGACCGAUUGCUUCAGCUGCAAGAAAACAUACGCAACCAGGAGGCCAAACUGCUACGGGUCCGGGCUCUCAGGGGCCAAGUGGAGCAGAAACGAAACAUAAACUCCAAAUUAGUGGAGGAGAUUGAGCAGAUGACCAGCCUGUUUCAGCGGAAGCACAACGAGUUGGAGUUGGCUGCAGCCAAGGUGGAGGAGCUGAGCAGCCAGCUGGAGGCACUAAGAAAUGCUCGUUUUGAGCCUCCUUUUCCUUUUCAUCCUCACAACUCUUCUUCCGAGCUAAAGGACUUAUAUAGAGACUUGCAGCUGAGGAACAAGCUGAACCAGGAACAAAGUGCUAGGCUGCAGGAGCAGAAAGACAGGCUGAAAAAGAACAACAUGGAAGUUGUUGCGAUGGAUCAACGUCUUGGUGAGCUUCAAGGGAGACUAUGGAAGAAAAAGGCUGCCCUGCAGCAGAAAGAGAACCUGCCAGUGGCCUUAAACAGCGUCAACCCUCAACAUGAGCCAAGCUCCAGAGUAGCAGCAGUGGGGCCAUACAUCCAGUCCGCCUCUAGGUCAAACUCCCAGCCUUCUGCUGUGCUUCCUUGCCAGGAAACGAUGGUGAAGUCGGCAUAUCCAGAUGGCACUGCCACCUUACCAAUGCGUGCCUCAUCCCGAAAGCCACCAGCUGUACCAGCCAAACCAAGCAUUAGUGUGGAGACCCUAAAAGACAAUGCUUACAUUCCUUCCCCUGGUGCUUCACGACUUGGUCACACCGCACAGACGCAGCUAAAGGAUAACCAGUCCAAGUCAACGGUGCCACCAGCAGUUCCCACUAAACCGAAAUUAUUCCCUUUCUCUGGUCCAUCAACCUUUUCCAAGCCUGCCUUUUGGACAGGGACCUUCCCUGGGAAAAAGAAACUUAAGGAUCCAGGGGUCAUGUCUUCCCACAGCAACACCCUCCCUCUGCACAGCAAUAAGGAAAGUCCUCCUGCAGCUGCAGUGCGACCUUACACACCAAACCCCACGGAUGUGCCUCCACCUGUGUUUCAGAAACCCCAAACUCUGGCAGCUUCAUCAAUCUAUUCGAUGUACACCCAGCAGGCCACCCCUGGUAAAGCCUACCAAGCAGAAGGCCAGGGCACACUGUCCCGCAGCAAACCACGAGUGUACGGAAAACCAGCCCUUCCAGGUGGCAAGAGGCCGCAAACAGUCAGCUCAGAGAACACCUCCUUGAGAUCUGGGCUCUGUGAGUUUGGGACUGAUACCAUUUCAUCUGCUGUCAAUGAUGACAAAGGUGCAGAUGCUGAUACAGCAGAAUGUGCGAUUCCUCGUCCACUCAGUCCCUCCAAGCUCCUCCCGUUCGCGUCCAACCCUCACAGGAACUCUGACGCCGACUUGGAGGGCCUCCGCCGCCGACUGCACAACGCCCCCCGGCCUCUAAAAAAACGCAGCUCAGUUGUAGAGUCUGAAGGCCCGGGUGGAUUUAAUAUUGAGAAGCUUCUGUACCAGCAGACAACUCUGGCUGCCAUGGAAACCAUUCCUAUGAAGAACAUCAGUCCACCAGAGGAAAAUGUUCAGUCCACAGUUCCUGACGACAGGACCAUUAAGAAAGAUGUCAGUUCCAGGGUGAAAGACAAAAGUUUAGCUGUUCUGAUGUCAGCUGGACACAACAGUAACAGUUUGACAACACCUUCCCUGAUCCCAGAUCCUGAUCCUUUCCUUCUAUCCCCACAGGAAGACAAGGAUGAAGAACUUUCUUCCACUGCAGCUCAACAGGAGCACUUUCCAGAGGAGAUGUUUACUUGGCCACCUCCGCCUUAUCCCAGCUGUGAGGAGGAAGAACCUGCAGAUGAUACACUCAGCUUUCAGCAACUGAUUCUACAAGACCCAGCCCCACCUAGUAAACAGUCAAUCCUGCGUAAACCUGGCUCUGACCGCGUGGAGCACAGGACGCGUGUCCAGUUCAGCCCUCUGGCCCUGCUGCUGGAUUCCUCUCUGGAGGGUGAAUUUGACCUUGUCCAGAGAGUCAUCUAUGAUGUGGAUGAUGCCAGCAUGCCUAACGAUGAGGGAAUCACAGCGUUGCACAAUGCUGUCUGUGCCGGCCACACUGACAUAGUGAAGUUUUUGGUUCAAUUUGGUGUCAACGUCAAUGCUGCUGAUAGUGAUGGCUGGACGCCCCUGCACUGUGCUGCCUCUUGCAACAAUGUUCAGGUUUGCAAGUUCCUGGUGGAAUCUGGGGCAGCUGUGUUUGCAGCUACAUACAGUGACAUGCAGACUGCAGCUGACAAGUGUGAGGAAAUGGAGGAGGGCUAUGCACAGUGCUCCCAGUUCCUUUAUGGUGUUCAGGACAAGAUGGGAGUGAUGAACCGUGGGGUGGUGUAUGCUCUGUGGAGCUAUAAGCCUGAAAAUAAGGACGAGCUUGGCUUCAGCGAAGGAGACUGCCUGACGGUGCUGAAACAGGAAGGGGAGGUCGAGACAGAAUGGUGGUGGGCUCGAUGUGGUGACCAUGAAGGAUACAUUCCCCGCAACCUUCUUGGGCUCUAUCCGAGGAUCAAGCCACGGCAGAGGAGCCUCGCUUAGCAAUGAUUUAUUUCCAUUUGAAGGAAUCCAAAUGAGAAGAAACAGCAGCACAAUUACAUCUUGAACUACUGCCACCAACACAAAGAACUGUCGCAGAGAAAGAAGAAACAAUAGUUCAUCAGUUUCCACCGUUAAAAUGGACUACAGUGGUUACUUUUCAAAACAGAGCUGCCCAACAAAGACAGAAAACCACAUAAAAAACAAGAUUUUAAUUAUUUUGGAGUUCUUCUACAGUUUUAGAAAGUUGAUUAAUAUAUAUAUUUAGAAACAAGUGUGGGAGGGGAAGUUUUGCAGCUUGUUCUAUAAUAAUAGCUAGUUAUUGCUUUAGAUUUUUCUUUGAAAUGGUUUGAACAUUGUUUUUUUUAUUAUUAAAGGCAUUUCAUCCAUCCGCAUAGUCCUGUUUUACUGCAGAUUUUACCAAAGACAUAAGAAUUAGCAUGAAUAUAAACAUUAAAAAUAAAAACACACAUUGCCAGGAUGUUAAAAGUAAGAUACGUCACACAUUCUCAGCUUUCAACUUCAACUCUUUAUUUAAGAGCUUGAGGAACGAUAAGGAAAAGCAAACGUUAAACCUCUGUGUCCGUUUUCAGCUUCUACACUCUGCAGAAUCAGCAGUGCCAACUCUGCAGCACACAUGUACCCUCCGAAUACAGAGCAGAGUCAGCAGCGACUGCAUUUCGAUAGUGACAAGAACCAUGGAGUACAUUCAAGAUUAGAUUAACAAUUGCACAAAUCCUCAA